AUGCUCCGUCGCGUCUUCAGUAGCUCGUCGCCGGCGUCGGCGGCGCUACGCCUCGUCCAGCAGCGCGUCCAGGGGAAACUGUCGCUACUGCCGCCUGCCUCCUCGUCUCCGCUCAACACCCGCGUCGUGUUCGUGACGCGCUCGUCGGCGUCGGCGGCGCUGCAGCAGUCGCUGCCGUUCCCCGUCUCCGCCGCUGCGCUGCGCGACUUCCACGCGCGUCCACGCGAGCACUUGUACGUGUACCCGAAUGUGGACCACACGAGUGUACGCGACCAGCGCGUGCUGCUCAUGGGCCUCGGAGACGCUGCAGACGUGACGCCCGACGUGCUGCGGGACGCCACGUGCGGCGCGUUGCGUGAGCUGAGGAAGAAGUGCGUGAAAGACGUUGUGGUGCACGUGCCGGAGCUGGAAGAGUGCGGGCUGGAGACCGGUCGCGUCGUGGAGCUCGUGGCGCAAGCACUGGCGCUGUCCAAUUACCAGUUUGACCGGUACUUGAGCGUGGACGUGGAGGAGGAGGAGAAGGCGGACGCAACAGGAGACAAGAGACGAAACGCGCCUUUGGAAGAGGUGUACGUCGACGCUUCGGCCGAGUUUCAGCAGAGUGUCGAGGAGCAGGCGACAGUGGGUGAAGAGACUAUCUUUGCUCGCAAUUUGGGCAAUGAGCGCUCGCAUAUUGUCGAUCCAGCGUUCAUGGAGAAGGUGGCGCGUGCGUCGGCAGUGCUGCCCAACAUGUCGGUCCGUGUGCUACAGCAGGACGAUUUGGAGAAGGAAGGCAUGCACAUGUUCCUGAGCGUCGGCCAGGCGAGUGUCUGUCCUCCUCGUCUUGUGAUUCUGGAGUAUUGUGGGAAUCCCGACUCGGACGACAAAGUCGCGCUGAUCGGCAAGGGCAUUACGUUUGACACGGGCGGUUUGAACCUCAAGCCCACGGGCUCGAUUGAAGACAUGCAUAUGGACAUGUGCGGGUCGGCGGCUGUGCUUGGCGCAGUUCGUGCUGCGUCGCGCCAGGGUCUCAAGGUGAACAUUAUCUGCGCCUUGGCCCUCGCUGAAAACGCCAUUGGCUCGAAGGCCGUAAAGCCACUGACGAUAGUCAAGUCGCACAAGGGUGUCACUGUUGAGAACAACAACACGGACGCUGAAGGGCGUCUAGUGCUCGGUGACGCGAUGUCAUACGUCCAGAAGGAGUACAAGCCCAAGACCGUCAUCGAUGUGGCGACGCUUACUGGUGCGUGCAUGGUCGCUCUGGGCGAACACUGUGCCGGCUUGUUUUCCAACUCGGACGAUCUGGCCACGAAGCUGCAGCAGACAGGAGUGGAGUGUCACGAGCGCUGCUGGCGUUUGCCGAUCUUGCCAGAGCACACUGCUGCCCUCAAGGGUUCGCAGUCAGACUCUCGAAGCACGGGUCGUGGUCGCUACGGUGGUGCCUCCACGGCAGCAGCUUUCCUGCAGCAGUUCGUCUACAAGGGUGUGGACUGGGCUCACCUUGAUAUCGCGGGACCGUCGAACUACAGCUCGGCCAAGUCGUACUUCCCCCCGGGAGCCACGGGCUUUGGCGUCCAGCUGCUCUACAACUACCUGAAGAACCAUGAGCAGCGACAUUAG